AUGAAGAACAAGGACAAUUUACACAGAAAAUGCAAAGAUCGAGCUGAGGCCAAGUUGGAAGAGUUUAAAAAAGAAGCUUACAGUAUGAUUGAGCAUAAAGACAAAAUAAUAAAAAUGUUGUGUGCAAUUCUGGAGGUACAAGGGAUAACAACGCUAAAUUUAAAGAAGUUCAUAUCUGGUAGGGAAAUUGAUUUUUCCAAAAAGGCAGAAGUGCGCAUGUCAAAAUGUAAUAAAAGGAGGACAUCCUCAAGAAAGAGAAGAUUAAUAAAAAUUCCUCACACUCGGAGCGCUAAGAAGAAGAAAGAGCUGAACUUAUUUUCUUCACCGAAUAAUGUAAAUGAAGACGAAGAAUACGAGGAUAAAUGCUCUGAUUCUUCUAUAAGUUCCGAUAGGGAAUCCCUAAACGAGACACACUCGGACAACCCCACGGUGGAAAAUAUGACAAUGAGGGAUUUAUCCGGGAUUAAAACUGAUAUACACGAGGACAUCAUACCCAGCGAUAGUGAAAAGGAAUCUAGUGGGAAAAACAGCACAGGGGCACAGGAAUCAUUCCGAAAAAAUGACACCAAUUUAGAGUCCACAUGUAAAUCGAAUUUUCAAAAGGAUGUCCAGGGAUCCAGGUCGAAAAUGGCGGCAAAAAUGAACGACACAAUUGGAGGCGAAUGUCCACUGUGCCUAAUGCCCAAAACGGAAUCGCUACACGGGAAUUUGCCGCCUACCAUUUACAAGCUGAGUUGUGAGCACGUUUUUCAUUUGAUGUGUAUCUACGAAACGGUGGUACGACGGGAAUGCAGAAAGACGUGCUGCAUUUGUCACAGCGAAAUCGGCGAAGAUGAUAAAAACGAAAUCAUCAAUAAGGCGAAGCGCGAAAAAAAGGAAAAUGAAAAAAAAAAUAAACUCAUGUUAAAGGUUAUGAAGUUGCAAGCUGAUAACCAGGCUCAGACUGAGAAGUGA